AUCUAUGUUUUGUGUUGACUUUCUCCUAACAUCAUCACCUACAUUUUGUGCUUGCUUAUUUUGUUUGUGUUAUGCAGAAUUUCUUUGUGAUAACAUAGGAACACAGCGAAUAUUUUGGUGCAGAGUUAUAGCUUAUCAGGAGGAUGGCUGAUUCCGGCGUAGACACUAGUAACGAAAGCAGUGACAAUCCUUUAUUCGAUCAUUCUGCUUGUAUGCUCGAGUUCAACCCACCAGCCAUACCCAUCAAUCAGGCUGGCCAGCCCAUGCCCAUUGACUUCCUAGAGGAGCCGCACCCGCACGAUCACAUCGGUAAAAUCAAGUGUUCCACUAAGGCGAGACACUGCAGAUUGAAAUAUCGUUACGGCACCAGUCUCUGCCACUUGAAGAACCAGAAGUUGCGCUUCGCGGCGUGGACCAACAACAGCGAGCUGGUGGAGAAGCUGCUCGCCUCCGGGGCCGACCCCAACUCCUCAGACGAGCACAAGAGAAGCCCACUGCACCUGGCAGCCUGCCGCGGAUACAUAGAUGUAGUGAAAGCUUUAAUCAGACAUGGGGCUAACCCUAACAUCAAGGACACCCUGGGCAACACCCCCCUGCACCUGGCGGCGUGCACCAGCCACAUUCCCGUGGUCAUCCAGCUGCUGGACGCCGGCACAGACGUCAGCUCUCAUGACAAGAAUGGCAGGAAUCCUAUUCAGCUGGCUCAGAGUAAACUUAAACUGAUACAGAUGCGUCCAAGUGGGGCUGGGAACUUUGAGGAGACACGUCACCUAAUUGGAGAGAUCUGCAUGGUGGUGGAGAUGAUGCUCAAGUACAUGAAGGUGCAGAAGGCGGAUGCGGGGGAGCUGGAGUCCGUGCGCCAGCGCCUCGAGCAGGUCAGCACGCGCGAGCAGGUCGACUCAGAGGUACAGAACCUCCUUGACAACCUCGACUCUUUGAAGCUGAGGUAAUUGUUGUAUUUAUCUUGGUCCACUGGACUCUGUUUUAUUAUGCAUGGCACAAAUCCAAGGCUGAUAAUUGACUAAGGAAUUUUGUACUCCUAUUCUUGUUGUGGUUGUAAAUUAUAAAUUAUUUGGAUUACCUUACUUUGGAUGUGUAAAUUUUUAAAGAGAUUUUUAUGCAAAAAUGUGAUUGUGUUGGCAUUUGUGCCAUGUGUAGUGUAAUGAACCAAUUUACUGCCUAAGAAUAAAAUGAGCUCACAAGUUGUUUAAUUUUAGUAAUUUACAUAAUAUUUCACUGCACAAGAUAAUGUGUCUACUUACUGGAGGCAAUAAGUAACAACACUAUAAAUUAAGUACCCAUUCAUAAAUAAAAUAACUAUUACAUAUCUGCCAUUUUAUGUGUCUUGGUGGGUAGCAGUUAAGUAAAAAAUAGUAUUUAAUUACUUUCUAAUACUUUAUAAUGGGUGAGUGCAUUAGCUGUAUGGAAUUUCAUUUAGUUAUACACAUUAAUUAGAUAAUUAUAAUUAGUCAAUUAAUCAUAAUUACAUUAAAAUUUGUAUCAUUUAACUAUUAUACGAACUUAGAUAUAUUAUCAUAAUAAAUAUUAUUGAUUUAU